AUGAAGUUCCGAGUCUCAUCGUCGUUACUUGUUUUCGCUCUCAUCAUCGUACUGACAUUGAUUUUGGAAGAACAGCUGUUCUUGGGAUAUUCUCGAGCGUUAUCUUCUCCCUAUUUUCAAACUCAAACUAUUCUUUCAUGGGGUCGAAAUGUGGAUGGAGAAGCUGGAUUUGGAAAUUUAUUGAAAAAUUCAUUCAUGAUGCCGACGUUGAAUAAUGAUCUUGUGAAUUAUUUUAUUUCGAAUCAAGGAGGGACUUAUAAUUUGGCAUUGGAGAUGCCUGUGGGUUCGGAAGUUCCAAAAGAUGUCGCUUUGAAUGUUCGACAUGUGACAGCUGGUGCUGAUUCUACAACAUUUGUCAUUGAUUUCAAAAAUACGACAUCGGAUUUAUUUAUUUCACAACAUGUUUUUUCAUGUGGAUAUAAUAAGGAUGGAAUUGCAGGAAUUGGAGCUGUUCCUAUCAUUGCUACAGAUUUGACUUUGAAUUAUGCCUAUACCAAAAAUGGUAAUUCUCAAAAUCCACUCUUUGGAAAAAACAUUUCUAGUAUUGCCUGUGGUUAUUCCACUUGUCUUGCCUGCUCCGAAGAUGGACUCACCUACAUUCGACAAACAACCUUGACAGGUGGCAGUCCAUGGACUCUCGUCACAUUACCUUCAUCCUUUCAAGAUCCAGAAACACUUGAAACGAUUACCAAUGUGAAAUGUUCACAAGUCGCACUCGGUGGUAAAUUAGGCGAUGAAACCAAGUUUGUCUUGACUCAGAAUGGUUUUGUUUUUUCAUGGGGAUCUUUUAAUAAGGGAAUUCGAGGACAUGGUGUCGAUGGCACGUUGGUAUCCAAUCCAACCUUAAUUCCAACAUUGAGAGGAAUGUAUCAUGUUUCUUCAACGCCAGAUUUUGCCGAUAGUGGAAUGAGUGCUGUGGCUGCAUUUGUCAAUGCUACUGGAGCGUAUUUUAUGGGAUAUAACAUUUAUUCGUUUGGAACGAGUGUGGAUUAUCAAGUGUAUAAUUACCCAGUUUUUGUGUCUAGUUUGGAUUAUGUCACUUCUGGACCUAUCCAAUCGAUUCAUUUUGGAACAAAACAUGUAUUGAUUUUAACACAAUAUGGACAUGUGUUUACAAUGGGAGAUAAUGAUGACCGACAAGUUCUACCAGAAGGAGGAAAUGGAAACAUUCCAACGCCGACCAAUCUGACCGUUCAUUUUCCAAACUUGGUCUCAAAAAUUGUGGAAUGUUCUGUUUCGAAUUUUGCAUGUCUUUGCCAAACUGAAAAUGGAAAUGUGUAUACAUGGGGAAAUAUUUAUCAAGCUGGAAUUACGAAUAAUAAUGUUGUGAAUUUGAUGAACAUUCCGAAUGGAUCGACGCCAAAAGCUGCAAAAUUACUCUCUCAAUACGGAUUUGUUGUUACCGACAAUGCUGUGUAUUCCUUUGGAUUUAAUUUGAAUGGACAACAAUGUGUUUCAGAUUCAAAGAUUAUCAAAACACCUAGUGUAGUGGCCACUCCAACACAACCUGUUGCCAAACUUGUCACUGGUGAUUCGUGUACGUUCGCCAUCGAGCAUACCAUCGCCACAAGUAUUGAACAAAUUUAUCUCUACGGAAACUGCAGCAACACGUUGGCAUUGGCAGGUAGCUCUCCAAAUCCAAAUUUGAUUUCAUUUCCUUAUUCAGCACUCUCUCUAGACAGUGUGGUAGGAACUGUUACUAAUUUUCUUGAUCUCUCUAUUCAUAUGGGAGCUCAUGUCAUGGCUGUGAGUUUUGAUGGAAAUGCAUUCUCAUGGGGUAAAAACGACCGUUAUCAAUUAGGAAAUAACAUGUUUUAUACGAGUACCAUUUCGAAUAAUUUAACAUUAUAUUCAAGUGCUUUGGGUUUUGCUGUUUCACAAGUGGCGACUGGAUUCGAUCAUUCUGUAUUGUUACUUUCAGAUGGAAUGACUCUGUACGGAGUUGGAGGAAAUGCUGAAGGACAAUUAAGUGGAAUGUAUUGGUAUCAAGGAAAUAAUUUUGAUGUUCAAAAUUUGAGAGUUUUGAAUGUCACUCAUGUUGUGAAUGCAUCCAACAAUGAAUACAUUACACAAGUUGUUGCUGGACAUCGCGUGACAUUUGUGUUAACGAAUCAUGGACGAGUGUUUGGAAGUGGAGACAACAAGAAGGGUCAAAUUUCUUCCAAUAUUGGUUCGAGUAAUUAUUGGGAUUUUGAACAAGUGAAAGGAGGAGUGAUGGAUACGAAACGAAUUCGAAAAAUUGUAUUGGGAACUCAUUUGAUUUUAUUGGCUGAUGAUUUUACGGCCAUGAUUUUCAAUCAGACAAGUUCACUCAUUCCAUUACCAAAUUCAGAAUUAAUUAUGGAUGCAUUUUCAAGUGAAACAAACACGUAUUUCAUCACUCAAUCUGGAAAUAUCUAUGGAAUGGGUUCGAAUAUUUAUUUUGAAAUUUCCAGCAAGUACAAUUUGUCACAAAUUUCAAAACCCGUUCUUGCCAUCUCAAGAUCCGAGUUAGGAGGAAUGCCUUAUAUGGGAUCCUGUGGAAAACAUCAUGCUCGGUUGCAGUUGCUCUCGAUUGGAGCUGUCAUGGAGUUUCAGCAUCGUUCUCCAAUGUCUGUUCAGGAAAUGGUCUCUGUCUCUCUCAAGACCAUUGUCUCUGUAAGCCAAAUAUUUUCGGACAAAAUUGUGACAUUUUCCAAUGCAAUGGUAUCUUGUCCAAUUCAUCCAAUGCACCAUUCGCAUGUUCUGGAAAUGGUAUUUGUAAUGCCAAUGGGACUUGUUCAUGUUUUUCACAAUAUUUUGGUGUGA